CAAAACCCCCAAAUCCCCCCCAAUCCCAUCCUCUUCUUCUUCCUCUGAUCCAUUUCGCCGAUCUCGUUUGACUAUGUCUCUCUGACCCGAUAACCCGACCCGAUCGUUUCGUUAUUCUCGAUGCUCUGAACUAAACCCCCUUUCGAUUCCAACACCAGCCAGAAGAAAAGCUAGCUUUUUCUUGUUCGCCAUUGCUUCCCGAUCUGGAUAACGCACGGGCUUAGGGUUUCGGAGAGCAUUAAGAAAUGCCUUCGGUGCCCGGUCAACUCCUUCUUCGACCCUCGGUCUCUUCUUUGACUUCUUUGCACGGCGGUUCAUGCUCUCAUCGUCUGAAACGUCUCGAAAAAGGUGAUCGGCGCGGCAAUCUUAGUUAACAUUAGGUUUUUAAUCUCUUUUUAGGUGUUUCCUCAGUUGGAUUUUGAGAAGUUUUUGGUUGAGAAAUCGUUGGAGGUUUUGGGAUCGAAGAAUUUCUAAAGCUCAGGAAGCUCUCGUCUCGGUUUUUUGAGUUCUUCGUCUCAAGGGUUUUGUAGCUCUAGAUUUUUACGAGAAUUUGAUAUUGUAGAUGGACAUUAGCUCUCUUUGUGGUAAGUCGGUGUUGCAAGAUGUAGGCUGCUCUCUGGGUUUGCAGUGCUCUGCGAGCCAAAAGCAACAUCCUAGUAGCUCUCUCUGCCAGGAUUUGGUACGGAACCUCGAAACUGCUCUUGGCGAGUCUUUGAAUAUCAAAGAAGUUGGAGAAGAGUCAUUGAAUGGCAAAUAUGUUGGGAAAGAGUCCUUUGAUGUUAAAGUUGAUGGACAUGUGGAACAUGCUUCUAAUAGGGGUGAUAUUAGCGGCAUGGAGAAGGGAAACACAUGCGCGGGUCCUAAAGAACAUGAGGGAAAAUGCAAGCCAAUGUGCUUGAACAAAUGUGCAACCUUUCCUACUACUAAUUUGGUGCUGCCUCCUGAUGGUUCCUCAGAUGCGGAAGAGGAGGAACCUGAAACAGCUUUGCGUUGGCUAUUCGGGGAGGAACAUUAUAACCAAGGCUACUCACGCUCAGUGUCUUUGCCCUCUCCUUCAAAGCUUCUUUCUGCUAUGAAAGGCAGUAGAGAGAAAGAGGGUUUAUCUACUGGGAAACUCACAGUCAAAUGGGCCCCUGAUGUGUAUGAUCCCCCGGUUACGUUGAUGUCGCACACAGUUAAAAGCAACAAACAGCAGAAGUCUAAAAACAAGAAAAAUUGGAAGAGAGAUGGAAAGAAGGGGCAAAGGAGCAACACUUCACGAGGAAAGGACAAGAAGCAGUAUCGUAAAGGUGGGGCUUCUGAGAGGGGUCACAGAUCUCUGGAUCCCCGCGAAAUGAUAUCUGACACAAACGAUGAAUUUGGUGAUUUUGUUGGCAGCCGAGAACCACCUUCUUAUUGUGGGAGUUCCUUCUUGAAAAAUUCGCUCACCAACAUGCAUUACCCAGUUGCAGAAGCCUUGUGAGCAACAUAUUUUUCGGAACAUCUCUCAUCCUGCUGCAUUGUACAUAAAUAAUUUUCACGAACUGGUUUUGUUGAUUGGUGACUGAAAAACUUGUAACAGUCUGCUACUCGAUGUGUGUCCACGCAGUCCUGACCCAGUGUGGCGAUCUGUUUAUUAUUUUUAUGUAUAAUGUAUAUUGCUUAUGUUGUUGAACCGAAUUGUGUUGGGCUGGCUUGUUUGCAUUUGGAUUGGUACUUUAACCUAUGAUUAAAGGCUUAUGUGUAUAAACUGUGGUUGCUUGUGUUCUUCUGGA